AUGACUACUAAAGAGAAAGAUGAAUUCAACAUUGGCCUGCUUCAGAAUAGUCCUGAAUCAUCAACUAAUAUGUCACCAGAUGUUAUCACCACACCUAUUUCAAAAUGGCAAGCAUUCAAAGAUUCAUUUAAACCACCAGAACAAAAACCACUAGCGUCGUCAUCAUCGUCAACGUCAUCAUUAUCAGCUUCAUCCCCACAUCACAAUGAUGUUGCUAAUAACUACGAUAUAGAAAAACUGCUUAGACCAGAUCAACAAGGAGAAUUAAAACGUGAAUUGAAAAAUCGACAUGUACAAAUGAUUGCCUUAGGAGGAUCAGUAGGGACCGGGUUAUUGAUAGGUAGUGGAGGUGCUUUACAUCAAGGUGGUCCUGCUGCUUUAUUAAUUGCUUGGGGGAUAACGGGGACCAUGGUAUUUUGUAUUAUUCAUUCAUUAGGUGAAUUAUGUGUUGCAUUCCCGGUUAAUGGUGCCUUUUCUACUUAUGCUAAUAUGUUUGUUGAUUCUUCUUGGGCGUUUGCCGUGGGAUGGAAUUAUGCUAUUAUGUGGUUAAUUGUUUUACCAUUGGAAUUAGUUGCAGCAGCCAUGUGUAUUACAUAUUGGAACGAUGAAAUCAACCCUGCAAGUUGGGUGGCGAUAUUUUAUGUGUUGAUUGUUGUCAUUAAUAUCUUUGGUGUCAAAUAUUAUGGUGACGCUGAAAUGUAUCUUACAAUUUUUAAAAUAAUUGCCAUUGUUGGGUUCAUAAUAUUGGGAGUGGUAUUAGUAUGUGGAGGUGGCCCCACUCAUGAAUUUAUUGGUAAUAAGUAUUGGAAACAAGAUGGUGCUUUUGCUAAUGGGUUUAAAGGAGUAGCAACCACAUUUGUUACCGCUUCUUAUUCUAUGGCCGGAUCAGAAAUGGUGGGGUUAGCCAGUGCUGAAGUUGCUAAUCCUCAAAAAUCUUUACCUAAAGCCAUUAGACAAGUUUUCUGGAGAAUUUUUCUUUUCUAUUUCUUAUCAUUAACUUUUAUUGGAUUAUUAGUUCCUUCUAAUUCCCCUCAACUUUUAGGAGCAAGUGGAACAAGUGCAUCUCCAUUUGUCAUUGCCAUUAAAAAUGGAGGUAUUUAUGCAUUACCAUCAAUCUUCAACGCUUGUAUAUUAUUAUCGGUUUUAUCCGUGGGGAACCUGGCAGUAUAUGGUUGUUCAAGAACUAUUCAAAGUUUAGGUGCUCAAGGUUUAGGUCCCAAGAUAUUUGCCUAUGUUGAUAGAAAAGGUCGUCCAUUAGGUGGUUUGGUAAUGUCAGCCAUAUUUGGUUUGUUAUGUUUCCUUUCUGCUUAUCAUGACGAAGCAACUAUCUUUAAUUGGUUAUUGAGUGUUGCUGGUCUUGCUACCAUUUUCUCAUGGUUUAACAUUGGAUUAUGUCACGUCCGAUUCAGGCUAGCUUUAAGAAAACAAGGUCGUUCCUUACAAGAAUUGACUUUUACAGCAUUAACUGGAGUUUGGGGAUCAGUUUAUUCUAUGAUAUUUUUAUGUGUGGUUUUGGUGAUUCAAUUUUGGACAGCAUUGUUCCCCUUGGGUAGUAAAGGUAAAGCCAAUGCCGAAAACUUUUUCCAAAAUUAUUUGGGAGCAGUUGUCAUUUUAAUCUUUUAUGUUGGCCAUAAAUUAUACACUCGAAAUUGGAAAUUAUGUGUCAAAUUGGAAGAUAUCGAUUUAGAUAGUGGCAGAAGAUCCUUUGAUUUGGAUCUUAUAAGAGCAGAAAUUGAAGAAGAAAAAGCCGCCAAUAAAGCUAAACCAUUGUACAAACGGUUAUGGAAUUAUUGGUGUUAA